ACCAGUCGGUAGGCGGAAAAGCGGUGGUGUGUCUGCUCGGUAUCUACAGCUAAAGCCAAACCGGGUGAUUUUAGUAAACACAUUCACACAGGAGCUUUUAAAUAAAGUGUUAUAUCCUUUAACCGGCUGUAAUGGCGGUUCCAGAGGGUCAGACAGACUUACAGAGGGACAGAGGCGCACUGAGCGACCCUCAGACAGUUUCCCCUGCAAACAACAUUGACAUCGACGAGAAAGAGUUGGAAAACAUCACAAAGAAACACCGAGAAGACGACGAGACGACGCUGCCUCUGCACUCACCUUGGACGUUUUGGCUGGACAGGUCAUUACCGGGCGCGACGGCUGCUCAAUGUGAAUCCAAUCUGAAGAAGAUCUACACCGUGCAAACCGUUCAGUUGUUCUGGAGCGUGUACAACAACAUCCCUCCAGCCACGGCCCUGCCUCUGAGGUGCAGCUAUCACUUAAUGCGUGGAGAGCGGAGGCCUCUGUGGGAAGAAGAAAGCAACGCAAAAGGAGGAGUAUGGAAGAUGAAAGUACCAAAAGAAAGCACAUCUGCAGUUUGGAAAGAGUUGUUACUUGCUACUAUCGGGGAGCAGUUUGCAGAUUACUGUGCCUCAGACGAUGAAGUUGUCGGUGUCAGUGUUAGCGUUCGGGACCGGGAAGAUAUUGUACAGAUCUGGAAUAGCGACGCAUCUCUUGCUGACGAAGCAAAUAUCUUGGGGAAAGUCUAUGAGCUCCUCCCGUACAUUCCUUUUAAAGCUGUUUUUUAUAAGCCUCACAUGGACCAUCAUGCCUUUGAAGGAGGACGAUCAAGACAUUGAACGAAUGUAACGCACUUUUUUUUAUUUUCACCUGAACUCUGUACCUGCCUUAGUGUAAAGGCACUGUUCACAACCUAAUCAAGGGUAUUCUUUUGCAUUCAACAAGGAAAUAGUUAUCAAUAUAUUUUUAUAACUUUUAAUGACUGAUGCCUUGUUUCAUGUUGAUGUGGGUCCUAACAUCUGAACUCUUUAGAGACUGUUUAUCCAGCGUAAUAACUUGUUAGUUCAUUCUGAUUUCCUCCUGAACUGCACUGUCAUGGUCCUGUUCUCUGCACGGCAUAUAGACCUCACAGUUUAUCCCUGGUGUAGAGUGGUGCAAGACCAGGCAGUUUACCACUUCCAGUGCCCUUAGUCUCUAAAUACACUUUUAGCCACCUUUAGCUUAGCGGUGGUGAUGCGCAGCCAUGUGAUCGUUAUGUCUGUGGCUAGACUAACGUUAGCUUUUUAUUUCUGCUGAUGGCAUUUACGCUUCAAAAUUAAUUAAUGUUAUUUUAAUAUAUGGAGAUUAUCCUGCUGAAAAAAACAUGUACGUAUCAUAAACAUGUUUGGCGAAAAAAAGCGUAUUAUUUGCAAUUUUACAAGAAAUCCCAUUGCUUUUAGUCGAGGAAGCCCUUCUGAUGCUAACUUCAGUGCUAGCAUACACACACACAUCAUCGCUGCACCACUCUAUAGAAGUAAGAGAUACAUACUUAGUAUUUUUACAAUAUUUUAAAGUAUAUUUUUACCAGAUGAGCAUGGCUCUACAUAAUGAGUUUUAUCUGUUUAUUACAUAAGACAUCUCAGUUCAUAUCAUAUUUAGUCAACUUAGCCAGUGCCACAGCACUUUUUACAAAUGUAAGUAGUUUGUAUCUUAAUGGUGUUUCAUCGAGUUUGUCCCCAUUUGAUCGUUUGAAACUUUCAUACAUCAAAUUUAAAAUCAGGGUAACUCUUGGAAGUAUUGCACAUGACUACCUAUUCCAAUCCCAGUGUCCCUCAGUUACUAAGCCUUCACAGAGGAUCAGAACACAUCUGAUAUCGCCCCCCGAAGAAACUCAGAUUUAUCUAAAGAGCAAAACCCAUCCUGAAAGGUGCCUCUUUGAAUGUCCUCAGCCACGCCACGUUUGACAUUUCUUUCAAUACACGUGUUGAAAAGUAGACCCUGCGCUCUCAUGAAAGGGGUCACGGAUUGUUUAGCGAAUUACCCCCGAAAGAGAUACUGCACAUUUUUUAAGCUCAAAUAGUGACGCUUGUCUGUACUUGCUGAGAGAAAUGCAGCAUUGUUUGCUCAAGUAACAUGAAGUAUCCUCAUAUUUAGCAGGAUAUGUACAUUAUGUUAAAUUCUGUCUAAAAUAUGGUAAGUUUCAAUAGUCAUUGAGUCAACUGCUGCUUCAAAGAACCAGAAGAAACACUGACCUCAUGUAUUUGAUCGUGUUCAUGUUAAGGAGCAUCAAACUUAUUUUUCUAUCCGUUCCCUUUACUAACUCUUCUACUAGUGCAGUGCAGGCUGCAGUGAACUGAAUGCUUCUGCUGUCAUUGUGUGUCUCACCACUCUUACUGUGUUGUCAAACUGUAGACUGGUCGAUGCGUUAGUUACUGUAUAAGGGGACAGUAUUUCCUUUGUAAACAUGAUUUUUGCAGUGACAUGAGCAAAGUAAAUAAAAUUAAAAUGAAAAACACAAUUCA